CGGGGUUUGCCCCACAUCCCCUGGGGGUCCGUGGCACCCUGGGCCCGCUCCCACCUUCUGCCCUCUCCCCAGAGCUGUGCCGCAUCAACGAGGACCAGAAAGUGGCGCUGGACCUCGACCCCUACGUGAAGAAGCUGCUGAACGCCCGGCGCAGGGUGGUGCUGGUCAACAACAUCCUGCAGAACGCCCAGGAACGGCUGCGGAGGCUGAACCACAGCGUGGCCAAGGAGACGGUGCGGAGAAAGGCCCUGCUGGAGGCGGCGGGU